GUUGUUAUUUAUUAGACAUUUAACUAUUUGAAAUAAUAAAAAUAACGGCAAAGUUGUAUAAUAAUUACUCUAAAGUGAAAGUAAAUAAUGUGUGUUUUUAUUAAUAUAAUUACGGUAUAUUACACAAUUUAGUACCUAAUAAAAAUUGGGGUACUUUCACGAGCAUAGGUGGAAACGUUUACGAAACAAUGUCAGAUUAAGAUGCACCAAAUUUUUAAAAACAAUUUACUAUUUAACACAGCAGAGACAGCACAAAUGGAAAAUAGAUUAGAAAAUCAUUCUGAAGAAAUUGAUAAUGAUAAUGCUGACAAUUUAGAAAGUGAGGCCCAAAUAGAAGAUUCAGAAGAUAAUAAUGAGAAUGAAUCAAAGGCAAAAAAAGCAAAAGAAACAACAUUAGAUGAAUCUGAGGUUGAUUCUGAUCAAUCUUGCCCAAUAUGCAUGGAUUUAUGGACUAGUUCAGGGGAUCAUCGCUUGUGCUGUUUACGAUGUGGACAUUUGUUUGGACAUAGUUGUAUUUUAAGAUGGUUACAAAAUUCUUGUACUAGUGCAAACCGUCGUUGUCCACAAUGUAAUAGGAAAGCUGCUGUAAAAGAUAUCAGGAUGUUGUAUGCCAAGAAAUUGACAUCAAUAGAUACCACAGAAUUGGAUAAAUUAAAAGAACAAUUACAUAGUGUUACUUCUGAAAAAAAUCAUAUAGAAAUGGAACUUUCAAAAUACAAUCUUAGACAAAAAUUAUUUGAACAACAAAUUACUAGCAUGAAAAAUCGGAUAUUCGAACUUGAAAAUCAACAAUCAAAAAUAGAUAUUCAUACACACCAAAAUAUUUCUAAGCAUAUGAUUAAAAAAUUCCAUCUAGAGCGAUCUAUAGAAAUAUGUAAAGAUGGUGGUUGUCGUGUAUUAGAUUACAACCCAUGGUUUGGAUUUUUAGUUGUAUCGCAGAAGUCAUCAAGUACAUUAUUUUCGGGAUAUGGCAUUAAAAAAAUUGACUCAGAUAAAUUCCAACCACGUCAAUUUAUUUUUUUACAUAACCAGGUUAUAAGGGAUGUUACAUUUAAUACAACCCAGCAGUCACUGUUACUUAGUGUUGGUUUUGACAAAUGUGCGAAAUUAAUGGAUAUUCAGAAUCACAUUGUUAUGCACACUUAUCAAAUAGACUUUCCAUUAUGGAGUUGCUGCUGGUCAGGUAACAAUUCAAACAUGUUUUUUGUAGGUGCACAGAAUGGAUCUAUAACACAAUUUGAUAUUAGACAAACUUCUGGUGCUAUAGAAACUAUAGACAAUCCAGGUGAUAGAUCACCGGUCGUUUCUCUAGCGACAGUACCUUGUAAUCCCGGUAGCGGUAUCAGUCGGGGUGGAUUUAUAGCAUGUCGAUUAAAUACAUGUUAUGCUUAUGAACAAAAAGACUCUAAAUAUAUACCAAAACAAAUAUUUCUUGAAGGACCAUUUGUAUCUGUAUGUUAUGAUGAAAAAAACAAUCAUACUUUAAUAUCUUCCCGACCAAAUGCUAGACAACCUUAUGCACGGCACAUAGUAUGUACUAUAGAAAAAGGCAAUGAUGAAUCAACAAUUUGUAAUGUGGUACAUACAUUUCACGCUGGUAAUUCUCAACAGUUAUUGUCUCGACCAUGUUACAUAAAUAUUGAAAAUGAUACAUUAGUUGCUGCACAUCAAGAAUCUAUUAGUAGUAUAUCAUUAUGGAGCACAUCUACUGGAAAACAAGUAAAUAGUCUACCUGUUUCUGAUCCUGUAGUAGAUUUGUGUGCAGUCGACAUUAAUAGUAAUUUAUUUUUGGCCACACUUUCUUCAAAAAAAGUUAGAAUUUAUAAUCAUGGAUAA